UUUUGUAAUUCUAUCAUUCCUCCUUCAUUUGUUACUACUGUAAUGUAAGGAAAAGCUUUCUCAUCUUCAUCUGUUCAUUCAUGUAUUUAUUCAGAUGAGUGUUAUUUUAUUGGUUUUAAUCUGUCACAAACAUUGAUUUGAUGCUCAAAUUAUAUCCCUCAGAUUUGCUCUUCAGGCUGACUUCAGUGUCCUUUCUAAAACCUUUUUAUUUUAAAAUGAUUUUAAAUUUAUAUAAAAGCUGCAAAAGUACACAAGUGCUUAUAUACCCUUGCAUACCCAGAUUCUUAGAACCUUUGAGAAUAAGUUAUAGACAUGAUGCCAUAUUAUACUUUGGUUCUUUAGUUUGUAUUUACUAUAUACAAAGAUAUCCUCCCACACAACCAUAGUAAACCAUCAAAAUCAGGGUAGUUUACUACGGGAUUAAUACUGAUCCCAUAUUACCAUCUAAUUCAUAGACUUUAUGUAGAUUUUUUCGGUUGUUCCAAUAAUAUGCUUUGUUGCAUCUAAACCAGGAUCAUGUAUUUGUUCAGUUGUUUUUUAUCUCUGUUUUUUCCUUUCUUUUCUUUUUAAAAUAGAGAUGGGGUAUUGCUAUGUUGCCCCAGGGUAGUCUUGAACUGUCGGCCUCAAGCAUUCCUCCUGCCUCAUCCUCCCAAGAUGGUGGGGUUACAGGAAUGAGCUACUGUGCCUGGCCUUUCUUUUCUUUCUUUCUUUUUUUUUUUUUUAAAAGACAGAAUCUUACUGUGUUGCCCAGGCUAGAGUGCAGUGGUGUGAUCAUAGCUCACUAUAGCCUCAAACUCCUGGGCACAGUCAAAUGAUUCUCUCACCCCAGCCUCUUGAGUAGCUGGGACUACAGGCACAUGCCACUGUGCCUGGCUAAGUUUUAAAUUUUUUGUAGAGAUGGGGUCUUGCCAUGUUGCCUAGGCUGGUUUGAACUCCUGGGCUCAAGUAAUCCUCCCCUCUUGGCCUCCCAAAGUUGUGCCCAGCCCCACCAGCCUGUUUCUAUUGAAGAACAUUAAUAAGGCUGGGCGCAGUGGCCCACGCCUGUGAUCCCAGCACUUUGGGAGGCUGAGGUGGGCGGAUCACCUGAGGUCAAGAGUUCCAGACCAGCCUGACUAACAUGGAGAAACCCCAUCUCUACUAAAAAUACAAAAUUAGCCGGGCAUGGUGGCCCAUGUCUGUAAUCCCAGCUACUCAGGAGGCUGAGGCAGGAGAAUCACUUGAACCUGGCAGGCAGAGGUUGCAGUGAGCCGAGAUGGCGCCAUUACACUCCAGCAUGGGCAACAAGAGCAAAACUCCGUCUCAAAAAGAGAACGACAGAAAUUCCUGCCGUCGAAGAGUUGGAUACUCAGCGUCGCUGGCAGCCGCUGUACUUGGAAAUUCGAAAUGAGUCCCAUGACUAUCCUCAUAGAGUGGCCAAGUUUCCAGAAAACAGAAAUCGAAACAGAUACAGAGAUCUAAGCCCAUAUGAUCACAGUCGUGUUAAACUGCAAAAUGCUGAGAAUGAUUAUAUUAAUGCCAGUUUAGUUGACGUAGAAGAGGACAAAGGAGUCACAUCUUAACACAGGGUCCACUUCCUAACACAUGCUGCCAUUUCUGGCUUAUGGUUUGGCAGCAGAAGACCAAAGCAGUUGUCAUGCUGAACUGCAUUGUGGAGAAAGAAUCGGUUAAAUGUGCACAGUACUGGCCAACAGAUGACCAAGAGAUGCUGUUUAAAGAAACAGGAUUCAGUGUGAAGCUCUUGUCAGAAGAUGUGAAGUUGUAUUAUACAGUACCUCUACUACAAUUAGAAAAUAUCAAUAGUGGUGAAACCAGAACAUUAUCUCACUUUCAUUAUAUUACCUGGCCAGAUUUUGGAGUCCCUGAAUCACCAGCUUCAUUUCUCAAUUUCUUGUUUAAAGUGAGAGAAUCUGGCUCCUUGAACCCUGACCAUGGGCCUGCGGUGAUCCACUGUAGUGCAGGCAUUGGGCGCUCUGGCACCUUCUCUCUGGUAGACACUUGUCUUGUUUUGAUGGAAAAAGGAGAUGAUAUUAACAUUAAACAAGUGUUAUUGAACAUGAGAAAAUACCGAAUGGGUCUUAUUCAGACCCCAGAUCAACUGAGAUUCUCAUACAUGGCUAUAAUAGAAGGAGCAAAAUGUAUAAAGCGAGAUUCUGGUAUACAGAAACGAUGGAAAGAACUUUCUAAGGAACACUUAUCUCCUGCCUUUGAUCAUUCACCAAACAAAAUAAUGACUGAAAAAUACAAUGGGAACAGAAUAGGUCUAGAAGAAGAAAAACUGACAGGUGACCAACGUACAGGACCUUCCUCUAAAAUGCAAGAUACAGUGGAGGAGAACAGUGAGAGUGCUCUAUGGAAACGUAUUCGAGAGGACAGAAAGGCCACCACAGCUCAGAAGGUGCAGCAGAUGAAACAGAGGCUAAAUGAGAAUGAAUGAAAAAGAAAAAGGCCGAGAUUGACAGACACCUAAUAUUCAUGACUUGAGAAUAUUCUGCAGCUAUAAAUUUUGAACCAUUGAUGUGCAAAGCAAGACCUGAAGCCCACUCCGGAAACUAAAGUGAGGCUCGCUAACCCUCUAGAUUGCCUCACAGUUGUUUGUUUACAAAGUAAACUUUACAUCCAGGGGAUGAAGAGCACCCACCAGCAGAAGACUUUGCAGAACCUUUAAUUGGAUGUGUUAAGUGUUUUUAAUGAGUGUAUGAAAUGUAGAAAGAUGUACAAGAAAUAAAUUAGGAGAGAUUGCUUUGUAUUGUACUGCCAUUCCUACUGUAUUUUUAUACUACUUUUUGGCAGCAUUAAAUAUUUUUGUUAAAUUAAAAAAAAAAAAGAAAUUCCUGCCAAUAAAAAAAAAGAAG